UUAAUGAUGAAAUAUGUCCUGCUACUAGCCAACUACUAUAUGUGUAGUGUGAUAGAUGAGCUACAAAUAUAGCCAGUUGUAAAAUUGUAUUAUUAUUCAUGUAGUGUUAUUCCGAACCAUAGAAAAUUCUCUCCAUUUCAGAAUGGAAAUUCUAACACGCGAUCCCUCAUGUUGGAGUGCGACCGCGUGACCCCUCGUAGCGCCUGCUCCCACACAGCACCGCCCCCACACUCCAACACCCUCCUCCCUGACGUGGCUCUUCCCCCCUCCGCGAGGUCCCCGGCGACCGCGCGCCCACUCCUGAAGACAACGGCGACGGUGGAGACGAUGUCAGCAGCAGCGGUGGCUCCAACGAGAGGCAAGAGUCGGGUCAACCGCUUGUAAUGGCGUCGGCUUCGUGGGCCAUAGAUGGGCCGUGCAGCGUGGGCUGAAGAAAACCGCAUUAAAACAUCAGACCAAACCCCCCGUCUCCUGUCUCCUCCCAUUUCGAGCCUCACUGACUCGAUCCUCAUUUCUUCACGGAAACCGAUGAUCGGCGGAACUGCCCCUGCCACCGCCACUCGCCGCCGCCGCCUGCUGUGAAAGAUCAAGGAUUCGCCGCCGUCGCAGCCGAUCUUCUCAAGUGCAGGCUACCUGUAUUCUUCGACGAGAUGCCCCCGAAGGUCAUCAAACGGUGGGUGCCGGUCAACCGGCCGGGGGAAGGUUCGUCGUCCUCUGGAGGAGGAGGAGGAGGAGGAGGAGGUGGUGGGGGAAGGGGAAGGGAAGUCGACCCCGCCGCCGACCGCCUCAGCGCGCUGCCCGACGGGCUCCUCCACCACGUCAUGUCGUUCAUGAAGGCGCGGGACGUGGCGCGCACGUGCGUGCUCUCGCGGCGGUGGCGCGACCUGUGGGCCUCCGCGCCCUGCGUGGAUGUCCGUGUGGCGAGGUACAGGGACCCGCCCCAGGACUUCGCCAAGUUCGUGUACCGCCUGCUGCUUGCUAGGGAGGCCCUUGCGCCGAUCGACACUCUCCGGCUGCGGUCGCCCCGUCAGGAGGACUACGAUGAUUUCGACAAUUCUGAUGUUAAGAUGUGGAUCCGCCAUGCAAUCAGACGGAAUGCUCGCGUUAUUCAGCUAACCGGUCACCCCAAUUCGUUUGCGGAGCUGGAUCAUGUGGACUUCGUCUCUCGCCACCUCAAAAUCUUGAAACUGGCCUAUACUGAAGUGCUUGAUAGCUUCACCAGGCAGCUGUCGUCUCGGUGCCCUUGUUUGGAGGAACUAGAGCUCAAGAACUGCUGGGUAGGGAGCCGCGAGUUUACAUCUGUCUCUCUGAAGAGGUUGACCAUGGUCAAGUGCACUUUUGCUAACUUCCUCUCUGUUGAUGCUCCAAACCUUUUGUUUGUUCAGUGCAUCGCGCCACAGUCUUGGGUCCCUGUGUUCAAGAACUUUGGGGUGCUGGUAACAGGUAGUGUCAUGCUUGAUGACUCUUUAUUGAGUAAUGAGUUUAAAAAGUACCAAAAGGACGUUGAUGAAUUUCCUGGGACAAGUGAUGAAGAUGAUGACAACAGUGCAUUUGCCACUACAUAUGUUCCUGAUUCUGAUGACAGUGAUCAAAUGUCCAGUGAUGAUUCUGAAUUCUUUGAUGAUUUUUUUGAUGAGCAUUAUUUACCAGAUGAUAUCAAGGACAAUUAUGAUUAUGGAAGUGAUAUCAAUAGUGAUAGUGACACCUAUGAGUACAGUGAGAUUGCAAAUGGCUAUGAAGAUAAGCAGUUUGGGAACCGUGACAAUAGACUUGAUCGCACUAGGGGCAGCAAAGAUCAUGGUUGCAGUGCAAAGCAUAUCAUUAAUGAUUAUAAAAAAUUAGGUGGCCAAAAUGUUCUCAACAGCCUUUCAAGUGCUCGAUAUCUGGAGCUGUUAGGUCAUUCUGGAGAGGUCGUUAUGAGGAGAGAAUCGUUAAAUUGUCCAACUUUUAGCAACCUGAAGACUUUGGCCCUUGGAGAAUGGUGUAUCAGUACAGCUGCUGAUUUUGACAUAUUACUUCUCUUGCUUCAGCAUUCACCUAGUCUGGAGAAGCUUUAUCUUCGGCUUGAAAUGAACUGUGACAUCCAGAAGGCAUUGAGAAGAGGUAUAGAACCAAAGGGAGGAUCAUUUGCUUGCAAACAUCUUAGUAUGGUGAAUAUCAGAUGCACCAAGGACGAUCCAAGAGUCCAUAUGUUGGCACAGUUGUUUAGGUCUAAUGGCCUGCCACUUAAGAAGAUUUAUGUCCGUCGGAGUGGGAGUUUCUGUGAGUGCCUUGGGUCCAUAUGUUUUGACCUCCGUAACUUGAAGCUGGAGAGGAGCACUGCUCGAUUAACUGCGUGAAUAUGAAUCUUGAUCCUAUUCCUAUUAAAAACAGAAAUGUGCGAUGUGACAAAUAUGUACUCUUUUCAGUACCUUGUAGAGUUGUAGACCUGUUUCAGCUCUAGUUGAUGAUUGGAACAUCAUUUAUGCAGAAAACUUGCAAGGCAUCUGGUCAUAGAAUGCAUGAUUGUCUUGCACAUCUCUAUCAAGUUGUCUUGUCAGUUGGUAUUGUUCGAACAAAAUUCGGAUUCGAGUAUCUUGUGUUAAUAAUCUGUGGUUUAGUACCUUGGGUUAAUCGUCAGCACUGUUUUCUUAA